AUGAAGUUCAUUUCCUUUGCGGCUGCCCUCACUGUUGUGGGUCAAGCAUCAGCGACAGUCAGGAUAAUGCCAUUCGGCGCAUCAAUCGUCACUCCAAUUCCAUCUACCCUCUUCCCCAUCAUUUUCCCUAGCACACACAACCACCCCACUCCAAUCUCUCUUCUCUCCUCCUUCCUCCCUCCCCCACAACCCCCUCCCCAAUACCAAACCAACACCUCCCAGGAAUGCUGGCGCGCCCUCCUUUACCGCAACCUCACCACCACCGGCUACCCCAACAUCGACUUCGUCGGCAACGCCCCGACAAAAAAAGACUGCGGCUUCCCCUUCGACUCGGACCACGAAGGCCGCCCCGGCGCCCUAGCAAUCGAGUACGUCGAGAAGAACUGGCUUCCGGACAUCCUCGCCAACGCUCGUCCUGAUGUCGUGGUCAUGCAUCUGGGAACCAACGAUAUGGUCCAAAACAAGAAGAUCCCGGAUGUGCUGGCUGCGUAUUCGACGCUGGUCGAUCAGAUGAGGGCGAGUAAGCCGAAUAUGCAGAUCAUUUUCUCCCAGCUCAUCCCCAUGCGACCAGACAUGUUCAACGGCGCCAACGCCCGCAUCACAGAACUCAACAAGGCAAUCGCAACGUGGGCACCUCAAAAGAGCACGCAACGAUCUCCCAUCAUCGUCGUGGACAACAACUCUGGAUUCAACGUCACGACCGACACCUACGACGGCGAGCACCCCAAUGACAGCGGGAAUCGCAAGUUGUCCGCAGUGUUCUACAAGGAGUUGGCAAGGAUCAUCCCGGCUGUGAGUUAG